CCCACCAGGACUCUGGGAUAGUGAAUGGAGCAGAAGCCAGACGCCACUCCAAACCCUACAUGGUCUCUGUACAAGCAAAGAAGUCACACAUCUGUGGAGGGUUCCUCGUGUCUGAGAGCUUUGUCAUGACAGCCGCCCACUGCUACAAAUGGGCUGUGAAUCUGACGGUUGUGGUUGGUGCUCAUGACAUUACAAGACAGGAAAGUUCUUCUUACAGGAUUGAUGUGAAAUAUUACCACAUACAUCCUGGUUACAAUGCUAGGAGAUUGGAGAACGACAUCAUGCUGUUGCAGCUUGUCAAAACGACCCCGAAGAGCAAAGCUGUGCAGCAGAUCCCUCUCCCUAAGAAAGACCAGGACAUCAAGGCCAAAUCUUUCUGUACCGUGGCAGGGUGGGGUGCCACAGAAACAGGGGGCACUGCAAACCCACGCCUUCUGGAGGUGAAUGUCACCGUUGUAGACAGACGUUCCUGCCAGAGAUCUUGGGGGAACACUGCCACCAUAACCCCGUCUCUGAUAUGUGCCGGUGGUACCGCUGCUGAUUAUAAGGGUUUUUGCCAGGGAGAUUCCGGAGGUCCUCUGGUGUGUAAGGGGACAGCAGUAGGAGUUGUGUCAUUCAACCAGCAAGGAAACUGCAAUGAGCCACAGAAGCCCAACGUCUACACCAAAAUAUCCAAGUAUCUUUCCUGGAUCAAGUCUAUCAUUAAGUAUUAA